GUUCUGCUGUGAGCGCUUCCAUUCGGUCACACCGGGCAUAUCUCCACCAGCGGAAUCUGAAAGCAUUAGGCGCUGUCAGUGCUGCGAGGAAAAGAGAGGCUGUUUAUCUGGAGAACAAAUUCAUGGAAAUCUGCUUUUUAUUAUUGCAAUGGUGGAAUGAAUUUGGACAGAAUCGCAGAGACCGUGAUAUCCCCACCGACGCGCGACAUGGCCUCUACGUUUCACUUGCCGAGAACUGCAAACAACACUCGAGAAACGUUGGAGAACUCAAGCAGCGAGUCAUCAGAUACUGAAAUAGCAGAAAAGGAGAGGAGCGUAGAACACAGAAGUGACGAUGGAAACGCAGAUGAUCCCAAAAAGAAGAAAGCGAGGCGGCAGAGGACUCAUUUCACCAGCCAGCAGCUGCAAGAGCUCGAGGCCACCUUUCAGCGGAACCGCUACCCGGACAUGAGCACGAGAGAUGAGAUAGCUGUGUGGACCAACCUCACCGAGGCCAGAGUCAGGGUGUGGUUCAAAAAUCGCAGGGCCAAAUGGAGGAAGCGUGAACGCAACCAGCAAAUGGACCUGUGUAAGAACAGCUACCUUCCCCAGUUCAGUGGACUCAUGCAGCCCUACGACGACAUGUAUCCUGCCUACACGUACAACAACUGGACGAACAAAGGACUGACCCCGGCUAAUCUGUCCACAAAGAACUUCACUUUUUUCAACUCAAUGAGCCCACUCACAUCCCAGUCAAUGUUCUCAGCUCCUAACUCCAUCUCCUCUAUGACUAUGGCCGGAGGUAUGGGGGGCCACUCGGCUGUACCGGGGAUGCCAACUGCGGGCCUGAACAACAUCAGCAAUUUUAACGGAAUCGGCACCUCUACAAUCAACUCAGUCAUGUCCUCGUCGUCCUGUCCGUAUGGGCCUCCCGGUUCCCCUUACAGCGUAUACAGAGACACAUGUAACUCUAGCCUUGCGACCCUGAGACUGAAAUCGAAACAGCACCCAACCUUUGGAUACAGCGGGUUGCAAAGUCCCGGGUCUAGCCUUAAUGCCUGUCAAUACAACAGUUGACGCAUCAGCCGUGAUGAAAAUAAUUUGCGGACAGCCUAGCCUACCUGCGAAUGGGGCGAAAGACAACUAAACUGGAUUAGUUGCAAUCAUUUAUUUUUCCAAUGGAUUAUGCGGGUUGUAGCCUAUGUGUUUACCAAUGAACUUGUAUGCUACAACAAUUUAUAUGACCAUGUUUUUUGGAUUUAAAAGUGAUGAUGAAGACGUGUUACAUUGCAACAUUGUACAUUAGCCUACAUAAUAAACAAACAAAGGAACUCCUAUGCAUGUUCACUUACUUCCUUUGAGGGCUCAAACCCAUUUGAACAUGGCUUGUAUUGGUCUAGGCCAGCGUUUCCCAAACUCGGUCCUGGGGACCCCAAGGGGUGCACGUUUUGUUUUUUGUCC